GCAAAUAAAAAAAGCAAUUGGGUCGGGUCUGCUGGCUAGCCUACUUGUUGCUUUGUCAUAAACAACCGUAAUACCAAAUAUUGCUUACUAGUCGGAAACUGCGUUUUUAUUUACAUCAUGAUGAUUAUGAUUCAUUGGCACUCGAGUAUGAGUCUAUAACGUUUAGGAACACGGGACUAAACGUCAACCCUCUCCACUUAACUACAGAAAUAGGACGACGGCGUCCCAUCAAACGAUUCGAGAUGUCGGGAUGGUUCUUUAUUCUGCUCAUCGCUGCACUCAGAGACAUUGAUGCCUUCGAAGUACAGGCGCCCCAGCCCAGAGUGGUAGCCGUCUAUAACCAACCGGCUAUUUUGGGCUGUGUGUUCCCCCCUAGCCUUGACCUUGGUUCCCCCCUGGAUGAGGGUCUCGUGGUGACAUGGCAGAGGGUAGAAGAUUUGCGGGUGGUCCACAGUUUCUACUACGGAACAGACCAACUGGCGCGCCAGAGCGGGGAGUAUCACAACCGCACUGGACUGUUCCAUUCCCAGCUCCCUGGGGGAAACGCAUCCCUCAGGUUGGAGAGUGUAGGUCCAGGGGAUCAGGGAAGAUAUCUCUGUUCGGUUAAUAACAUGAAGGGGACAGGAAAGGCUGAGGUCCAGCUCAAAUACGCAGCAUUCUACACAGAGCCUCACCUUACAGUCCAGGCCCAGCACUCUUACAUGACCUUCCUCUAUGAGACUGAAGGUUACCCAGAACCAGAGGUCCGCUGGUUGGACCCGCAUGGCCAUAACCUCACGCAUAACAUCUCAGUGACCCAGUCGUCCAAGGCCCCGGGCCUGCUCCUCUCCCUCCGUACCCAGCUGGUGAUGCAGGCUGGUGGGGCAGUCAACUACACCUUCUCCCUGAGGAACCAGCUCCUGGAGCAGGUCAUGGAGAGGUCACUGAGUUAUGAGUCAAGCAGUAGAAACUAUGGCGACUGCCCCAGAGACAGAUCUACACUGCUGAUGUUGUUCAUCCCUGCUGGAGGCUGCUUGGUUAUUUUCCUCAUAUUCCUUUACUUUCGACGCAAACGGACAUCUGAAUCACAAAAUAUGACAGAAAUAACUGGGCGUAAACGAACUUGUGACAAGAACACUAGUCCUCUAGAGGCAAGGACAUCCAACUGCGAAUUGGACGUCUCACCUCCAAGCCCAGUACGUGAAGGUUAAGAGACUCCUUGUUCAUUCUCUGCCAAGUCCAACGUGUGUUUCUGGUCUAGUAGCGUCAUGGUAACAUCCUCCCUGGAGCUGAGAAUGCUGGAAAUCCAGUAGUCAGUCUGGCAACAACAACGAAUCAGUUUCAUUAGGUGGUGGUACUAUGAAAUGACUCUUUUUUUCUCUCCAUUGCCCAACAUGGGUCAGAUUACUGGAAAGGGAUCCAGACACAAAGCUUCUAUUGAGAGACUUUGUCAUUACAGACCAUUACAAACAGUCUGACAGAUUUGGUGGGAGGGGCCCCAACCACAAUCCAGAACAGUGUUUAUGGGAAAGGAGUGGGAAAUGCCUUUUGUGAAAGUAUUCAGAACCCUUGAAUUUUUUUGACAUUUUGUUACAUUACAGCCAUAUUGUCCUCAUCAAUCUACACACAAUAUCCCAUAAUGACAAAGUAAAAACAGGUUUUAAGAAAUUUUGGCCAAUGUAUUAAAAUAAAAAAAUAAAAAAACAGAUAGCUUAUUUACAUUAGUAUUCAGACCCUUUGCUAUGAGACUCUAAAUUGAGUUAAGGUGCAUCCUGUUUAUUCUAAAAUCCUGUUUUGGCUUUGUCAUUAUGUGUUUUUGUGUUUAGAUAUUUUUUUUAAAUCAAUUUUAGAAUAAGGCUGUAACGUAACAAAAUGUAGAAAAAGUCAAGGGGCACACCAGUAUUGUUCAAUAUUUGCCCAUUUAUUAUUUUUACAAUUCUUCAAUCUCCUUCAAAUUGGUUGUUGAUCAUUGCUUGAUUAUCUUCCCUUAACCCUACCAUCCCUUACUUAAUUGAAGAAACUAAUGGACAACAACUCUUAGGCUUCUACUUCCAGUUUAUACAUUCUAUAUACAUUUUACGGACACUGUAUAGUUUAAAAUAGUUAUAUUUUGUCCCAUCCUUCAGCUCCACUCAACCCCUCCCAUCUAUCUCUGAACACCAUCCAGUCCUUCAGCUCCCCUCAACCCCUCCCAUCUACCUCUGAACACCAUCCAGUCCCAUCCUUCAGCUCCCCUCAACCCCUCCCAUCUAUCUCUGAACACCAUCCAGUCCCAUCCUUCAGCUCCACUCAACCCCUCCCAUCUAUCUCUGAACACCAUCCAGUCCUUCAGCUCCACUCAACCCCUCCCAUCUAUCUCUGAAAACCAUCCAAUCCCACCCUUCAGCUCCACUCAACCCCUCCCAUCUAUCUCUGAACACCAUCUAAUCCCAUCCUUCAGCUCCCCUCAACCCCUCCCAUCUAUCUCUGAACAUCAUCCAAUCCCAUCCUUCAGCUCCCCUCAACCCCUCCCAUCUAUCUCUGAACAUCAUCCAGUCCCAUCCUUCAGCUCCCCUCAACCCCUCCCAUCUAUCUCUGAACACCAUCCAGUCCUUCAGCUCCCCUCAACCCCUCCAUCUAUCUCUGAACACCAUCCAAUCCCAUCCUUCAGCUCCCCUCAACCCCUCCCAUCUAUCUCUGAACAUCAUCCAAUCCCAUCCUUCAGCUCCCCUCAACCCCUCCCAUCUAUCUCUGAACACCAUCCAAUCCCAUCCUUCAGCUCCCCUCAACCCCUCCCAUCUAUCUCUGAACAUCAUCCAAUCCCAUCCUUCAGCUCCCCUCAACCCCUCCCAUCUAUCUCUGAACACCAUCCAGUCCCAUCCUUCAGCUACCCUCAACCCCUCCCAUCUAUCUCUGAACAUCAUCCAAUCCCAUCCUUCAGCUCCCCUCAACCCCUCCCAUCUAUCUCUGAACACCAUCCAGUCCUUCAGCUCCACUCAACCCCUCCCAUCUAUCUCUGAACACCAUCCAGUCCUUCAGCUCCACUCAACCCCUCCCAUCUCUCUGAACACCAUCCAGUCCUUCAGCUCCACUCAACCCCUCCCAUCUCUCUGAACACCAUCCAGUCCCAUCCUUCAGCUCCACUCAACCCCUCCCAUCUAUCUCUGAACACCAUCCAGUCCCAUCCUUCAGCUCCACUCAACCCCUCCCAUCUAUCUCUGAACACCAUCCAGUCCCAUCCUUCAGCUCCACUCAACUCCUCCCAUCUCUCUGAACACCAUCCAGUCCUUCAGCUCCACUCAACCCCUCCCAUCUAUCUCUGAACACCAUCCAGUCCUUCAGCUCCCCUCAACCCCUCCCAUCUAUCUCUGAACACCAUCCAGUCCUUCAGCUCCACUCAACCCCUCCCAUCUCUCUGAACACCAUCCAGGCCUUGAGCUCCACUCAACCCCUCCCAUCUCUCUGAACACCAUCCAGGCCUUCAGCUCCACUCAACCCCUCCCAUCUCUCUGAACACCAUCCAGUCCUUCAGCUCCGCUCAACCCCUCCCAUCUCUCUGAACACCAUCCAGUCCUUCAGCUCCCCUCAACCCCUCCCAUCUCUCUGAACACCAUCCAGUCCUUCAGCUCCGCUCAACCCCUCCCAUCUCUCUGAACACCAUCCAGUCCUUCAGCUCCGCUCAACCCCUCCCAUCUCUCUGAACACCAUCCAGUCCUUCAGCUCCGCUCAACCCCUCCUAUCUCUCUGAACAUCAGCCAGUUUUGAUUCCUAUUUGCCGUAUAUUUGACUGUGCUGUGAUGUUUCACAAAAGUUCUGAACCGUUCUAUAUUCAUAGAUUCUACAUAUUGUAAAUUAAAGAUAAAUAUUUUUGCUAAGAGUAUUAUACUAUUAUUUCAAUUGACUAUAACUUUUCAAAUCACCCAGCAGGGCUAUUUGCAGAGCUAGCUCCAGGUAAAUAUUGCAAUUCUACAGCCAUCCCUGUGCCUGAUACUAAAAACAAGCUUCAUAUGGACAGUACAAAAACAAAUUAUCUAAUGAUUCUCAGCUCCACUCAACCCCUCCCAUCUCUCUGAACACCAUCCAGUCCCAUCCUUCAGCUCCACUCCAUGAGUCUCUUCGCAGAAAAAUCUGCAGAGCUGGGAUGGUUGUAUCCCCCAUAUAAAUAACAUUCCAUUGGUUACAAGAAUUUUGUAUAAUAAUUCAAAUUGGAAAAACUCUUAAGUUUUGAAUCCAGCAUUUGUGUAUCAGUUCAUAAACCAUGUGCCAUGGAAUUUGCACGUUGAAAAUUUCUUCCCAACAAUUUUGCAAAUCCAUAUUGCACAGCUGUCAAUGUUUUUGGUCCUUAAUUGAAAUUGAAAAAUGUAUUUAUUGCAAUUUUCUUUAGCCAAUUUUAUUCUUUAAUGCCGAAAGUAAAGUUCCUGACCUUUUCCCCUCCUUCCACUUUCCUCUUCCAUUUUUGCAGCAAUGCUGAAAUAAAUUGGUACGAAUUUUGAGUGGAGCAAACAUUUCCAUCUGUUUUUGUUGUGUGAGAACUAACUCCACCUGUCCUAUUUAUGAUGAUGCCUAUUUAUUUUUAUUUUAAUUGUUUUAUAUUUAAACAAUUUGUAUAUUUGAGUUUAUAUUUGUUGUAAUAUUAGUUCUGUGUUUUCUGUUGGAUUAAACUGAAAUGUCAAUCAAAGCCGAUUAAGUAAGAAUGUCUCAACCCCAUAGAAGUAUGGCAUGUUUUUUAUUUUCAAAUAACCAAAAGUGAGAGGUUGUAAUCUGAAUAAAGGGGAAAAUGCCCCAUUCUUUAACAUGGGGUGAGACAUUCUCACUAAUCAGCUUUUCAAGAUGAUUUAUGUCAUAACUGUAACUAGACCACUGUCUCAUUACAGGUCCUUUUACUGUCACAACCUGUGUGAAACCAGACAAUGUAAUACAAUGAGUCAGCCUGAGGUCUACAAAACAACAGUAUUGAGUGUCUGACUUGGCUUUAGCCAGACAAUAGUUUCCCAGGCUUUAGCCAGACAAAAGUGAUCUAGACAGACAGGUUGCCUACAACAAUGUUUUUAUUUAAUAUAUGUAUUUUUUAGGUGGUAGAUCAGCUUUAAUAUUGCAAAUAAAUUGUAGCUUCCAUCAA